GGUUAGGUUAGGUACAUUAUAAUAUUGCUUAUUAUUUAUCAACAUAUAUAUAUAUAACGUGAAUUAAAAAAAAUUUAACAUUUAAAACUAUAAGUUAGAAGCUGAAAUAAUAUCUACAGAAUGGCGACAAUAGUCUUGCUAUUAUUAAUUUCUCAGCUUAUAAAUUAUAAUUUAAUUUCGUGUUUAGUUACUGAUCACCAAAUAGUAACUUGGAAUUCAAAUGGCUACAAACUCCCAAAAGUUUUUGCUUUCUUGGAUAAGAAUCCACGUAUACAUUCAGUUUUUGUGCAAGAAAGUGGAAAUGUUGAAUCUGAAUCAAAUAAUGCAGGAACUCCAGUACCGAAAACUAAUUUACCAAAAUUUGUUAUUGCUGACGUAGAAGGUGAUAUCGAAUGUACGAAUUAUGCUGACUUUAUUAAAGUCAAAACUGUAACGACAUUUCAAAACGGGCCGUUUUAUAUAUAUUAUUCACCUGCAUCCCCCAAUGUUACUCCCAAAAUUAGCAUAACUAUUGUAAGCAGACAUUUAGCUAGAGAGAUAAUACUUUUUCCAAGUCAACACAAUCAUAAGAGUGUAUGUCACGAUCGUGCUUAUACUAACCGCCCUAUUAUUGGAUUGGUUUUACAAAAUAAUCAAAAUAAUCAAAAAAAUUAUGAUAUUAUUUUAAAUAUUCACGCGGAACCAACUAGAAAACGUAACGAAGUGAUAACACAAUUGAAAAUUAUCAGAACUUAUAUGAAUACCAUUAGAAAACCUACUUCAUGGUUGUUAGCCGGUGAUUUUAAUCAAUUACCUGAAGACAUUAUAAGUGAAUUAAAAUCUCAAGAACAAAUAGUCACACCAAAUGAUAAUACUCAUGCUACUCAUAUUCUCGAUUUUUUAAUAUAUGGUUCCCCUGAUGUUCAAAUUUUUUCGAAGAUGAAAAAUUCUCAAUAUAAAGGAGAAAUAGUGGAAAAGGAUUUGAUUUCAGAUCAUAAAGCCGUGCAUUUUUUUAAGUAGUUAGGUAAUUUUUUAUUAAUGUUUAUUAUUUUGGUGUUAGCGCAUUGUAUUCAUCAAAUAUUUGUGAAUUUUAUUAUUAAAUUUAUUUUUAUUUAACAUAAUAAUUUAUUAAGUAGGUACCUAUAUUUUACUAUGGUCUGAAUGACUGAAUUUUGAUGAUUGAUGAUUGUCUAUAAUAUAAUAUGAUAGCCAUUACACCAUAUUCAAAAUAAUAAGUACCUAUUGUAUAUUUAAAUAAUUAAAUUAUAUUUCAUAGGUAACAUGUAUUUUUUAAGUUAUUUAUUUAAGAAUUUUAAAUGUAUUUUCACUCACAAAAAAAACAAAUAUGAAUUGUACAAUUGAGAAAACUCGGGGUCAUAGAAUAAUCAUUUUUGAUAAAAUAAAUCGUUUAUAAUAUUUUACUGUAUACCGACUAUUAUAAUUUGAUAAUUAAUGUAUUGUC